AUGCGGUGUGUCCGGGCAGAGUACCGGGCCCUGGUGGCCGAGGUUGAAGGCCCUGCUGUGGCCGCCCGUCUCUACUUUCCUCCAUCAUCGUCACUAGCAUCGUUGCCUAGAUUCACUCCGCCGCGCACGUAUCCAACUCGGCUUGCUUUCUGGAUUCCUCCGGCGGACUAUGCUCCGCUGCAUCACGCAAAGCGGAUCGUUAUGGAGAACGCUGUUGUUGUCCCGCCGAGACUGGCUCAGCUUGAUGAACUGCGGGUAGUGGACGCGAGCGAGUCGCAGGUGGCGUGUGUCGAUGGGCGAGAGAUGAUGACUGGUGUGAAUAAGCCGAGGGUGGUUCGUAAGCUGCAGCUGACCUCUGACGAUGAGGCGGCGUGCGUCGACCAGGGAGUUGUCGGCCAAGCGGCGGUCGAUGAGGCGGCGGUCGGCGAGGCGGCGGUCGGCGAGGCUGUGGUCGGCCAAGCGGCGGUCGGCCAAGCGGCGGUCGAUGAGGCGGCGGUCGGCGAGGCGGCGGUCGGCGAGGCAGUGGUCGGCCAAGCGGUGGUCGGCCAAGCGGCGGUCGAUGAGGCGGCGGUCGGCGAGGCGGCGGUCGGCGAGGCAGUGGUUGGCCAGGCGGCGGUCAAUCAAGCAGGCUUCGAUCAGGUUGCAGUCGAUGAGACUGGCGGCAAGCAAGCGGUCGUCUGGCAGGGGGGAACGAUGGUGGCCAAGCUGGCGCAGCCGGCGAAGACUGUUACGGCUGUCAGAGGCAAACGCAUCAAGGUCGUGCCGAUGCGAGCAAUGCUGUACCGUGGCGUGGCAUACGGGCUCGAGUGGGAGACAGCGAGGUUGACAAGAGCUGCGGCGGGGCUGGCACUGGCCAAGGUUGUGCCUCCUGCGAAGCCUCCGGCUGUGCGCGCGACGGCCAAGCGGGUCAUCCUUGUCACUCACCACCAGGCCAUCGAGGUACGGGCGUCGCGGCCAAAGCACGAGGUGGCGAUUGAGUACAUCCAGGCGCGGGUUGUGCCAGCCGUAGAGCCAGCAACCCAAGCGGUGGCGCUGCUCCAGUGGCGGGCCGAGCCCAACCCGCAUGGCGUGCCGCAGACCGCGGUGGCGGUUGCCGCGUCUGCCGAGCUUGGCGAGCUGCGACUUACCGGCGCGCUCAUUCCACCAGCGCUCUUUGGACUGCGUGGACCUGCGCCAGGCGGCCUUGCGCUCUCCCCUAUCUCUACUGUCAACGAGUCCGGGGAGAGCGUGACCGACGACGACAUGGACGCGACCCUCUCGUACGAUUCGGACGACGACCCGCUGCUUCUCCGCCCUGCUGUUGCGAGUGCGCCUGCGCCUGCGCCUGCACCGGCACGACCGAUACUGGCGGUGUAUGACCAGGCUCCUAGCGAUACAACAGACGGCGACUCGCCGUCGUUUGGCGAGCUCCCGACGCUGUCAAUUCACGAGUCACCGGUGCGGCCGCCGCGGAUGACCGCGCGACGCCCGUUGUUCACACCAACACCACCGGGGAAGCGGCAGACGGCGGGGAGGGUGGGCGAGGCCGAGAACAUGUCACCCAUCGACGUCGACCGUCGAUGA